AGGAUGCUCUCGCUGCCCGGCUCCGUCGACUGUACCUCGCGAUUUGAAAACGUCAAAUUAAGAAAUUAAUCGCUUGUCGGUUGACCGAGCGAGAGUUGGGUGGCAUGCGUGUGAGCAAGAAAUCGCGCUUAAAAAGGCUUCGGCGACUGUAAGAAAGAAGAGAUGGCCACGGUAGCCAGUGGCGUCCUGUACGUGAUGCCGCCCCUUGAACCAUCGGCCCCCCCGUGGACGCCAAGUCCGGUGCCGUCGUCCCCGCCGCCGCCCCUCACUCCCCUCGCCUCGUCGCCACUCAGAGAUGCCCCCGACGACAGCAAGGCGGCGCUGCAGCGCAAUGGGUCCCACGCAUCCUUCGCGAUGGACGACGAACCGGAGCCUUCGGCGCCCCCGCUCGAGCUCAUGGAUAAAGUGGACGGGUACGAACAGGCCUCCUUCGACACCGUGGACGUUCCACCUCCGUAUGUGCCGUCAACGCCCAAAGAAGAAGACACUCCGAAGCGAGCGCCGCUACCAAGCGCUCCGCAGGUGACGGAGCAAGAGGCCAGGCAAGCCUUAACCAAGCACGUGGCCGAGCACUGCUGCUACGGCAAGGCGUGCGCUCGGGACAUGGCCAUCACCAAGAUCGACCACACGUCUGCCUUUCACUACACGCUGGAAACGUUCACGGAGAAGAGACAGACCGCCUGGUGCUUCGAGCCAUACACAGGCGGUCCCGUGGACGGGCCCUCGGCGGGCCCUGCCCCGGGCCCCUGGGAGGUCCCGGUGCCCGUGCCGACGGCCUUCCAGUGCCAGAGCAGCGCGGUCGAGGUGCCCCAUACGGCCUCGGUCAAGACUUGCCACACCUGCGGAGGAGUUGGGCGGAAGCGAUGCGCCAGCUGCUCCGGCAACGGAUACGAGCAGUGCAACUACUGUCAGGGCGACGGUCAGAAGAGAAGUCUGUCCGGAGACAACGACCGCUGCUUCCAAUGUCACGGCAUGGGACGAAAGCGCUGCUGGAAAUGUAAUGGUGACGGCGUAGCACCUUGCCGGGCCUGUUCGGGAACGGGCCAGAUCAAGUGUUACAUCAAACUCACCGUCGUCUGGUCUAACAGGGUGGAUGAUCACGUGGUGGAACACUCAUUUGUGCCCGACGACCAGAUCAAGUUCGUCUCGGGUCAGCUGGUCUUCGAGGAACAGAAUUCCAGGAUCUGGCCCAUCAACCACUUCCCGGACACGACGGUGAACAUGGCGUCUGUCCAGCUGGUCCAGAAGCACGCGUCUGCCUUCAAAUCCGAGAAGAUUCUCAUGCAGAGGCAGCGGGUACGCGUCAUCCCGGUGUCGACGGUGUACUACGAGUGGCGCUCGCACGUGGGCACCUUCAGCGUGUUCGGCCACGAGAGGAAAGCGUACGCGCCGGACUAUCCACAGACCUGCUGCUGCGGCUGCUCCAUCCUCUGAAUGGCGCCCAACGUGGGGGUGCGGCCACGCUUCGGGAGCGGCACUCGGCUUUCGUCACACGCGCGCUUUUCUCAACACCACCUAGAAUGACCAAAGC